AUGAGAAACCACACAAGAGUAACCAGGUUCAUCCUACUAGGAUUAACUGAUGAUCCACAGCUUCAAGUUUUGAUAUUCAUUUUCCUGCUUGUCACUUACCUGUUGAGUGUAACUGGAAACUUAACCAUCAUUACCCUCACCACUUUUAAUUCUCAGAUGAAAUCUGCUAUGUACUUUUUCCUCCAAAAUUUUUCCAUCUUAGAGAUCUCAUUCACUACAGCCUGCAUUCCUCGAUUCCUUUAUAGUUUGUCUACUGGAGACAGAACUAUUACUUACAAUGAUUGUAUUGGACAACUUUUUUUUGCUAUCUAUCUGGGAAUCAUUGAAUUUUUUCUCCUAGCUAUCAUGUCCUAUGACCGCUAUGUAGCGAUCUGCAAACCUUUGCAUUAUGUUACCAUCAUGAGCAACAGAGUCUGCAGGAGAUUUGUUCUCUGCUGUUGGGUUGGAGGUUUAUUAAUCAUACUUCCUCCUUUUAGCAUCUUUUUAAACUUAGAGUUCUGUGACUCAAAUGUCAUUGACCAUUUCCUUUGUGAUGCAUCUCCUCUUCUCAAGAUCUCUUGCACAGACACAUGGAUCAUGGAACAGAUGGUUUUAGCUUGUGCUUUGAUGACCUUAACCAUAACUCUCAUGUGUGUACUUCUUCCCUAUAUAUAUAUCAUCAAGACAAUCCUAAAAUUUCCUUCUGUUAAGCAAAGGCAAAAGGCUUUUUCUACCUGUUCUUCCCAUAUGAUUGUUGUCUCCAUUACUUAUGGAGGCUGCCUCUUUGUUUAUGCAAAUCCUUCAGCUAAAGAUGAAGUGGCGAUUAACAAGGGAGUGGCAAUGCUCACAACUUCCAUAGCCCCUAUGCUAAACCCAUUUAUCUAUACCCUCAGAAACAAGCAAGCAAAACAAGCAUUUAGUGACUCGAUAAAAAAUUGCACCAUACUCAGCUUGCAUCAUGAAAAUGUCCAGAUAUAA